AUGAAUCGCCAAGAACCUCUUACCUUCAAAUUAGUUGAUAUGACUGAGGACGAACUUUAUGACGAAAUUGCUCAUAUAGGUGAUGAUUUUGCUUCAAUUCCUUCUGAUGGUGGUUCUGAUAAUGACAGUGACGCUGAAGAAGAGACGGGAGAUUUGCAAGAAGAUAUGCAUGUAGAUGUGUUAGAAAAUAACUCUGGUGAUGAAAUUAUAGUUUCUGGUUCGGAUAUCGAAUCGCCUGAUGAAUGGGACUCUGAUGAUCUAGCGCGCUUAGCGACAUUGGCUCAAAAAUGUAAAAAUCAAAGACCAGUUUCAUGGAGUAAUCUUACAAGUAAUAUGAAACUGCCUGCAGAUUUUGUAAGUGAUUCUGGACUACCUCGUUCCAUUCAAGAUCGUGAAACACUCAAUCCUUAUGAAGCGUUCAAUUUGCUUUUCACUGACGAUAUUUUAAAUCACAUUGUUUUUCAAACAAAUCUUUAUGCAGAGCAGCGAUAUCAAGAUACAGGAAAACCCUACAAUAAAACAGAUAUCACAGAAAUCAAAACAUUUCUAGGUAUAAACCUUCUUUUCGGCAUAAAGAAAUAUCCAAGUUACAGAGACCACUGGAGUACAUCUGCUGACCUUCGCGAUCCAUAUAUAAGCAAAUUAAUGACAGUACAUAGAUUUGGUUGGCUUCUCACUCACAUCCAUCUAAAUGAUAACAGCACAAUACCAGAACGCGGCUCAGACCGUUACGACAAACUUUAUAAAGUGCGGCCGUUAUUGCAAUUUUUAUUAGAGAAUUUUCAAUCAUGCUUACAACCACAUGAACAUCUUGCUGUAGAUGAAGCUAUGAUUAAAUUUAAAGGUCGCUCCUCCCUAAAACAAUAUUUACCCAAAAAGCCUAUCAAAAGAGGUUACAAAGUAUGGGUUCUUGCCGACAAAACCGGGUAUUGUUGGAACUUUGAGAUAUAUACUGGAAAGGUUGGAAAUGAGACAGAGAAGAAUUUAGGAGCCAGAGUUGUCAAAAGUUUGACUGCCCAGAAAUGGUAA